GUAACCAUGCAGGCUGAGCUUCCAGGGAACGAUGUUUUGGACUUGCAAUGGGCUAAAUCACACAACAUAACUACUUUUAAAAGAGUUUAGGCUGUAGUUUUUCCUUUUUAUAGACAUUACAGUAUUUUUUAGCUAUGGCGGGAGUCAUUCGGAGACUAGACGAGACGGUUGUGAACAGAAUUGCUGCAGGAGAAGUCAUUCAGAGACCUGCAAAUGCUGUCAAAGAAAUGAUAGAAAACUGUCUCGACGCUAAAUCCACAAACAUCCAGGUGACAGUGAAGGACGGAGGCCUGAAGAUGCUGCAGAUCCAGGACAACGGGACAGGCAUCAGAAAAGAAGACAUGGAAAUUGUGUGCGAACGGUUUACUACAAGCAAACUACAGACGUUUGAGGACCUCUCUGCCAUUUCCACCUAUGGAUUCAGAGGAGAGGCUUUGGCCAGUAUAAGUCACGUCGCCCAUGUUACCAUAACAACAAAGACAGCCGAUGCCAAAUGUGCUUACCGAGCUUGUUAUAGUGACGGAAAACUCAAAGCACCUCCCAAACCCUGCGCUGGAAAUCAGGGCACACAGAUUCUGGUUGAAGAUUUGUUUUACAAUGUGUCAACCAGAAGAAAAGCUUUGAAGAGUCCCAGUGAUGAGUAUUCAAGGAUUGUAGAAGUGGUCAGCAGAUAUGCCAUACACAACUCGGGCAAAAGUUUCUCAGUGAAAAAACAAGGAGAGACAGUGGCAGAUGUGAGAACUCUGCCAAACGCCUCUGUGGUCGAUAAUAUUCGUGGAGUUUUUGGAAACGCAGUCAGUAGGGAGCUGAUUGAGGUGGGCUGUGAGGAUCAGAAACUGGCCUUUAAGAUGAAGGGAUACAUCUCCAAUGCAAACUACUCUAUGAAGAAAUGCAUCAUGGUCCUUUUCAUCAACCAUCGUCUUGUGGAGUCGAGCGCCUUGAAAAAAGCUGUGGAGACUGUUUACGCUGCAUAUCUGCCCAAGAACACACACCCUUUUCUGUAUCUCAGUUUAGAGAUCGCCCCUCAGAACGUGGAUGUGAACGUACACCCGACCAAACACGAGGUUCACUUCCUGCAUGAGGACAGUGUGAUUGAGAGCGUUCAAAAACACAUUGAGACUACACUUCUGGGAUCCAACUCCUCGCGGACAUAUUUCACUCAGACUUUGCUCCCAGGUCUGUCUGUCUCUGAGGGCACUGAGGUUAAGUCAUCCUCCUCAGACUCCACUGAUCGAGUUUACGCUCAUCAAAUGGUGCGCACCGACCAUCGCACUCAAAAACUGGACGCAUUCCUUCAGCCCAAAGACAAGCCCCCCACAGAACCCCCUGAUACGGGACGUCCCGGCUGCAGCAAAGAGACUGAGAGCAAAGCCAAACCAUCGAACUCUGAGAGUGUGGAGAUGGAUGAGAUGGAUGAUUUGAAUGACUCAGAUCUGCUGCAGGCCAUGGAGGAGGCGGAGGUCCCAACAGGAGAGAAGGAGAGCGGGGGGGAAGGCGACGCUGGACACGUGCAAAAGAAGCGUCCGAGGAAGGAGCGGCACCAGGAAGAGGAGGAUGAAGAGGCAACUGCAGCAGAAAGUCCAAAGAGACGAGUGAUUAAAUUGAACAGUGUGAAAGAGCUCAGAGCAGAGAUCUCAGACAACUCUCACAAAGGUCUCCAUGAAAUGUUGCAGAACCACUCGUUUGUGGGAUGUGUCAAUCCUCAGUGGACUCUGAUUCAACAUCUCACCAAACUCUACCUGCUCAACACCACCAAACUCAGUCAAGAACUUUUCUACCAAAUCCUGAUCUAUGACUUUGGUAACUUUGGAGUGCUCAGACUCUCUGAGCCCGUGCCUCUGUAUGACUUGGCGAUGCUGGCGUUAGACUCAGAGGAGAGCGGGUGGACAGAGGAGGACGGGCCCAAAGAAGGACUGGCCCAGUACAUUGUGGACUUCCUCAAAAAGAAAGCAGAGAUGUUAGGGGACUAUUUCUCCGUGGAGAUAGAUCAGGAAGGUAAUCUGACGGGUUUACCGAUGCUGCUGGACAAAUACACUCCCAUCAUGGAGGGGCUGCCAAUGUUUAUCCUCAGACUGGCCACUGAGGUGAACUGGGACAGUGAGAAAGAGUGUUUCAGAGACUUCAGCAAAGAGUGCAGCUUCUUCUACUCCAUCAGGAAACAGUACAUCCUGGAGCCGCAGCCUGGAGACGACCAGGACACAGACUCAUGGCGAUGGAAAGUUGAACAUGUGAUUUUUAAAGCUUUUCGGACCCUCUUCAGUCCUCCUAAACACUUCAGUGAAGACGGGACAGUUUUGCAGAUCGCAAACUUACCAGACUUAUAUAAAGUGUUUGAGAGGUGUUGAUUUUUAACAUGUACCAAUACACCAAAAUAUGCUACUUUUUUAUACUGUUCAAUGAAUAUUUUGUAAUGUAAAUAAAAAUGAAUCACAUGUUUAAGAU